AUUUAUAAUUAGAUUUCUUUCCUCCGCCUAUUGUCAUCGGUAUUUUUGUAUUUGGUGAGUGAUAGCAAAGCAGUCGGUGCAUUUUGUAACAAUAACAAAGAUGCUUAGAUAAUGGUUGACUUGAAUAUAAUGAAAGAGCCUGCAAGACAUACAUAGAACGCAGUGAAUUACAUUUCUAUGGCGCGAGCAUUCAAAGUUCAAAGUAUUUCAGGAAUUGCAAAAUGAUAACUAAUAUAAUGAAAGUUAUAUUAAACCAUGGAAACAUUGUGAAUCCUGCCAUUGGCUGUGGUGGUUGCUAAGGAGUAUGUUUCUCCGUUGCUGCGUCGAAUAGGCAAUGAAACAUCAGCGGUCACUGAUCAUCGCAUCUAUAUCAGGACCGAAUAUGGCAGCCGGUUGCAUUGUGGUGCCUCUCAUCAUACCGAUUCGAAUCCCCCCUCCUGGUAAAGCCAAGCAUGAGAUAGACACCACAACUCCAGUGGAGCUCAAAUCAGAUACCCAAGAUGUCACUAUCUACUACACUCUGGAUGGUACUAAACCAGAGGUGACGAAGAGACCAGGGUUUGGAGAGAACAACACUUUGAAGUAUAGCGGACCAAUACGCUUACCUGAGGGCAAAGUGUCAGUCAAAGCUCUGGCUAUCACCAGGGAUGGUCGAGAGAGUGCCAUUGUCACCAAGCUAUUUCUGGUGGAGUAUGUGCCCUCAAACGAGCCACCUUCCAUUGAGGACAAGGAUGAUAACUUUCUGAAGGAGUAUGAACGAGACCUCUCUAGACAGGAGAUGGGGACAGCGAACGGUUCUGGAGAUGCCUCACUGAAGCUUCAAGUGCCAAAGACCUACCGGCCCCCUAAAGGUCCACGGUUCCUCAGCAGCCGUCUAGGGCCUGUGUCCCCUGCUCUGGAGCCCAUGUCUUCACAUCGUUCUCAAACACUGAAUGCAAGCUUGGAAGACAGUCCUUUCAAAAACCUAACCAGCACUCAAAUGUCAAGGAUCCAAAGGGAGACAGACUUUCUGAGGUGUGCAAAGUGUUUGAGCCAUCGCCCCUCAGACCCCUUUGCCCGCUUUUGUCUGCAGUGCGGCACCGCUGUGCUGCCUGUGCCAGGCCAGAGGCUGCCACCCACAGAGGGUGGACAGAUGGGCUUGUGUGUCCACUGUAAAACAAUGGUGCCUGUCAACACCCCCACAUGUGUGGUAUGUGAGGCCCCCAUGAGCCCCCAGCUCCAGCCUCAGGCCAGCUUAAGACUCCAGAACAAGGUGAUCUGUCCGUCAUGUGGAACCGGAAACCCUCCGCAUAUCUCAACUUGUGUCACCUGUGAAACUAAACUACUGCAGCCACCCACUGCUGUUUUGGGUGGUCAGAGUGCCCCGCCACUUCCAUCUGGAGCAGGCAAGAUGAUGUCCUGUUCUAAGUGCAGCCGGGUCAACCACUCGGAUGCGCGCUUCUGUGACUGGUGCGGUUCCAAGCCUGGCCAUUCAGUCAGCUGUUUGAUCUGCUCCCGGUGCGGAGCGAGCAGCCACCCCUAUGCCAAAUUCUGUGGCUCCUGUGGGGUGUUUCUGGAGGGGCCACCUAGGGGGGAGUCACGUGCCAGCCUUGCCUAUUCCAUGGGGGGGAAACUGGAGUUGGAGCGAAUGUCCACUCACACCUCUGACGGUGCCACUGCCACCUGGCAGGCUGUGCCCUCCUCCGUUUCCCCCGGUGUGGCGUUGGCCCCGGCUCCAGCACGGGCGGACCAGCAGACUCAGACGGUGGGCUUGUUCUACCCGUCGGGCACUGAAGUCCACAGGAAGGGCCAGCAGGUGGCGCUGGAGCUGAGGAGACAGGAGCAGAUGAGGGACCGCAGACCACUGCUCACAGCUAUAAGCCCAGGCAGAGGGUACUGGAGGAAGCAGCUGGACCAUGUGUGUGCUCACCUGCGCAGCUACACUCAGAACAACACUGAGUUUCGAGCUCUCAUAGGGGAGCCUCGCAUGGGCCGGAUGGUUUCAGCUGUGAUCCAGGAGGACAACUAUGAAGUCAGUCUGAGGAUCAACUUUGUCUCCGCUGGACGUGAAAAAACAAAGUCCUGUCAGGUAGACGGGACUGAGAAGCUCCUUAUCCUAUCAGAGAACCAGAACCUCAGCAGUGUGACGGAAGGCAUGAGUGGCCUAUCAGCCAGACAGACCAGCCUGGGUGAGAAAGAGAGUGAGAAUGCUACCUCAAAGUCUGCAGCUUCCAAAUCAGUGAAAAACCUCAGUCAGAGCUGGACCUCAGACGUUGCACAGAAACCGCCUCCAUCCAAAGACAGUCUGCUUCUGAGGGAAGUUGGCCCAGACGGGAGGGGGGAGAUCUCUGUGGUCCAACAACUGCUUGAUGAGGGUGCAGAUCCCUCAUGCCAGGGGUGCGCCGGGCACCCUGCCCUGGUUGUUGCUGUGCUGCACGAGCACCACGAGGUCCUCCCUGUGCUGGUACAAAGGGGAGCUGACGUCAACCGGCAGUCUGGGCCGGUGAACAACACCGCUCUGCAUGAGGCUGCUGCUCUUGGGAGUAAGGGCUUACGGUGUGCAGAGACACUAUUAGGAUGCAACGCCAGCAUUCGGAAGAAGAACGACAGAGGUCUGACGGCCUAUGACUUGGCAGUUACUUCAGAUUGCAGCCCUUUGGUGUCUCUACUAGCUGCUAAGAUGGGUCAGGGCAUGCUAGACAGACUGGUCAAACCCAGGACUCACCCAAACCUAGAUGCAUUCUGAUGACAGAGAGAAUUGUGUGUGGCCCCCAAAUGGCACCCUAUUCCCUAUGGGCCCUGCUCAACAGUAGUGCACUAAAUAAGCAACAGGUUCCCAUUUAGGAUGCAACCUUUUCUCCAUGGUGGCCUUAUUUUCUGAAUUGACCAUUCAUCAAUUAUCUUGAAUCUGUUAAUCAAUUAUAAUUUCCAGAAAUGGGAUUGAUAAGGAAUUUACCCCAACCUUAUGUACUGUAGUGCUACAAACAUCUACAACCAUUUGAGGAAAAACACAAAUUUCUUGUAAAUGGCUAAUUUGUUAAUACUAACAAAACAUUCGAUUUGAAUACAGAUGCGCAAUAUAGUACUUGAUUAUAAUAAUAAAUGGUACACAUACUACUAGCUAUAGUAACUAACACUAGUUCUAAGAGGCAUGUACACUGAGGUCCAAAAGUAUUGACAGUGACCCAUUCCAGCGCUUUGAAAUAAAACAAUAACUGAUGUUUAAGUGCAGACGGUCAGCUUUAAUUUUAGGAUAUUUUCAUCCAUAGAAAUUACAUCACUUUUUGUUAAUGGCCCCCCCAGUUUAAGGAACCAAAAGUAUUUGGACAAAUUCACUUAUUCAGAAAGUAUUCAUACCUGUUGACUCAUUCCAAAUUUUGUUACACUCGGAAUGUAAAAUAUAUUACAUAUUUUCCUCUUACCCAUCUGUAAACAAACCUCAUAAUUACAAAGUGAAAACAUGUUUUUAGAAAUUGUUGCAAAUUUAUUGAAAAAUAAACACAGAAGUAUCUCAUUUACAUCACACCCGAGUGUCUUUCUGGGUAAGUCUCGAAGAGCUUUGAACACCUGCAUUGUACAAUAUUUUCCCAUUAUUCUUUAUACAAGUCUUCAAGCUCUGUUAAAUUGGUUGUUGCUAGACAACCAUUUAAGGCUUGCCAAAGAUUUAAGCAUAUUUAAGUCAAAACUGUAACUCUGCCAUUCAGGAACAUCCACUGACUUCUUGGUAAGCAACUCCAGUGUAGAUUUGGCCUUGUGUUUUAGGUUAUUGUCCUGCUGAAAGGUAAAUUCAUCUCCCAGUGUCUGGCAGAAAGCAGACUGAACCAAGUUUUCCUCUAGGAUUUUACCUGUGCUUAACUUCAUUCCAUUUUUUAUUUAUCUUGAAAAUCCCCAGUCCGUAAUGAUAACAAGCAUACCCAUAACAUGAUGCAGCCACCACUAUUCUUAAAAAUAUGGAGAGUGGUACUCAGUCAUGUGUUGUAUUUGCCCCAAACAUAAUACUUUGUAUUCAGGACAAAAAAUGUAUUGCUUUGCCACAUUUUUUGCUGUGUACUUUUUUAUUCGGCAGGGUAGCCUAGUGGUUAGAGCAUUGGACUAGUAACCGGAAGGUUGCAAGUUCAAACCCCCGAGCUGACAAGGUACAAAUCUGUCGUUCUGCCCCUGAACAGGCUGUUAACCCACUGUUCCUAGGCCGUCAUUGAAAAUAAGAAUUUGUUCUUAACUGACUUGCCUAGUUAAAUAAAGGUUCAAUUUAAAAAUUCUGUGUAGGCAUCCUUUUCACUCUGUCAAUUAUGUUAGUAUUACGGAGUAAAAGUACUGUAAUUUCUUAACAGUUCACCCGAUAUGGAUGACAAUACCCUCAAAUUAAAGCUGACAGUCUACACUUUAACCUGUCAUUGUAUCAUUUCAAAUCUAAAGUGCUAGAAUACAUAACCAAAACAUUUGCCACUGUCCAAAUACUUUUGGAUCUCACUGUACAAUAUAUAUUCCAGCAAGCAAAUGAAGACAGAAUUCAGAAUGUGAGUGAUUUUGUUCUUUAUAUAAUUGCCACUUGGGCUGUCGAAUUAUUCAGAAAUGCGAGUGUAUAAAAUUACAAUAAAAUAUCGUCCUUCAGUCUCUUCUGUCGAUCAACAAAAAUAGCUCACCAUAGGUUCUCACAAAUAUAAUGACCAAAGAAACAGUGUAACAUACAAUGGCUAAACUGAAUAGCACAGGCACUUCCAGAUGUAUUUUUUCCUCCUUCUGACUGGUUGCCUGUAUAGAAAUACAAACCCUACAACAGACAACGACAAUUUGACUAGUACACUCAAUAUGGCUGUUCACCAAUGGAACGUUAAUUUACAUGGGAUUCUCCAUUCUAGUAAUUAUAUUUCUAUGGCCCGAAUACUGGCCUGUCCCGUUUCCUGUCUCACCGCCGUAGCCGCAGGAAGAAGGCAUGUCGGCACUCCUUGCUGUCCAGCGGGUAGUAUUUGUCAUAAAAGUCCAAGAUGUACUCCUCAGUCUUGAAGCCAAACUUCUGGUAUAGGAGCAUGGCGGGGUUACUGGCCGAGACAUGUAGAGUGACAUCUUUUCCCAUGCAGGUCUGUGGGGGAAAAGAGAAUCUUGCCUGAAAAGAUAUCUUCCCUUUUUUCAACCACUUAACAUGUGCUGUUGUAGAUCAAUCCAAACCAUUUAAGUGCAUUUUACGGUUAUUUAUUUAUAGUCAUUUCUUGAGCUAACUUGACUAAAUCUAAUGUAGCCGUAGGGUCAAGUUAGUUCUGGUCUAAAAAGCACUAAGCGCCAGUACAGCAACUUUACACCGAGUGUACAAAACAUCUUCCUAAUAUUGAGUUGCACCCCCUUUUGGCCUCAGAACAGCCUCAAUUCGUUGGGGCAUGGACUCUUCGAGGUCUCAAAAGUGUUCCACAGGGAUGCUGGCCCAUGUUGACUCCAAUGCUUCAAUGUUGUGUCAAGUUGGCUGAAUGUCCUUAAGGUGGUGGACCAUCUUUGAUACACAUGGGAAACUGUUGAGCAUGAAAAACCCAGCAGCGUUGCCAUUCUUGACACACUCAAACCGAUGCACCUGGCACCUACGACUAUACCCCGUUCAAAGGCACUUAAAUCUUGCCCAUUCACCCUCAAUGGCACACAUACACAAUGUCUCAAGGCUUAAAAAUCUUCCUUUCGGCCUCCCUGGUGGCGCAGUGGUCUAAGGCACUGCAUCACAGUGCUAGCUGUGCCACCAGAGACUCUGGGUUCGAGCCCAGGUUCUGUUGCAGCUGGCCCCGACCGGGAGGCCCAUGUGGCGGUGCACAAUUGGCCUAGCGUCGUCCGGGUUAGGGAGGGUUUGGCCGGCAGGGAUAUCCUUGUCUCAUCGCGCACUAGCGACCUUUUUGGCGGGCCGGGCGCAGUGCACGCUGACCAGGUGCACAUUGGUGCAGCUGGCUUCCGGGUUGGAUGCGCGCUGUGUUAAGAAGCAGUGCGGCUUGGUUGGGUUGUGUUGUGUUGUGUUUCGGAGGACGCAUGGCUCUUAACCUUCGCCUCUCCCGAGUCCGUAUGGGAGUUGCAGCGAUGAGACAAGACAGUAACUACUAACAAUUGGAUACCAUGAAAUUGGGGAGAAAAAGGGGGCAAUAAAAAUCCUCCUUCCCUUCAUCUACACAGAUUGAAGUGGAUUUAACCUGUGACAUCCUUCAGGGAUCAUAGCGUUCACCUGGUCAGUCUCAUGGAAAGAGCAGGUGUUCCUAAUGAUUUGUCCACUCAGUGUGUAUUACAAUGCCAAUGUGGCAUCUAUAAAAGCUGCACUUAACCACUUUUUAUGUAGACAAUUUAAUUAUUGAAUUGCUGCUUGCAACUUGAGUAUUUUUGUUUUUAAUUAUUAUUAUGAUUUUGUUACCAUACCUGAAUGAGAUGGUAGAUCAUGAACGUAGCGAUUCCAGCCCUCCUCCACUCGGGAUGCACCAGCAGGAAGGAGAUGUAGGCCUCGUUGUACUUCACGUCCGGCACCAUGAACCCAAAGCCGAUCACCACCUUCUUAUAAAGGACCACGACGCUGAAGUCGGGGUACUGGAGACACUCGGAGAGAUCCACGCCUGAUAAGAGAGCCAGAGAGAAAAUCAGCUGUCAAUCUAAAACUUUGAGGGAAAUAGUUUAAAGUAGAAUAAAUAUGCACAUUGUUGUAUGCUUCCAUGCUAUUUUUUUUACAAGGACAAUGUUUCCAUCGGCAUUCACAUGAACAUUUUUAAAGGAAUAUUAUACUUUAAAUCAAUGUCAGAUGUUUUAUAAGUAGUCUAAUGUCAAGAUGACUCCGUGUCCCACAACAUGGGUUGUGAAGAUCUAGCAAUAUGCCUCAACCCCAAAUGAAUGGAAAAGAUAAGCACUGACUAAACUCAGGAAAUUAGACUGUGCUCAUCUUUUCCAUUCAUUUGGCAUUGAGGUAUAUAGCUGGAUCUACACAACCGAUGGCCUGGAACAUAACUCGACACUAGCCAACUUGAAAUCUGUAAACAUCUGACAGACUUAAUUUAAAAAAAAUUAAAUGUCCCUUUUAAGUUCCCAGUCUGAAAUAGGGCAGGGAGACAUGGCCAAAAUAUCAUAUCAAGGUCUUUUAAAAAAUUGGACCGUAUUUUAUGUUUUUGAUUAAUAAAAGUUCUAGAUUUGC